CAUGUUUCAGUUGAUGAAAUUGUGAAGGAAGUGAGCACCAUUCAGCCAAUCAAUGAUAAGCUAACAUUCAACAUUAUAGGGGAGUAGGGUGUUCCGGAGUAAACACAGAAAAUGAACAACAAAUUCGAUGCACUCAAAACAGAAGAUAGCGGGGAAGAAGAAAAUGAAACUCCUGAUCAAAGAUAUGAAGACAGAGACGACGAACUUUCUCCACGACCCCGGCCCACACCAAAGCCGGGACCCGGAGAACAUCCUUUACAGUUUAAUUACGCAGUUUGGUUCUCACGGAAAGCUCCAGGAAAACAGUCAUCAGCCUCUAGUUAUAACCAGAAUCUCAAACUCAUCACUACAUUUGCUUCUGACUCUGCCAAUAACAAGGGAGGUAAAUGGAUUGUACGUUUAAAGAAAGGCCUAGCAUCUCGGUGCUGGGAAAACUUAGUAUUAGCCAUGCUCGGUGAACAGUUCAUGGUUGGUGAGGAAAUCUGCGGAGCAGUCAUCUCAAUUAGGUACCAGGAGGAUAUUUUAGCAUUAUGGAAUCGUACAGCGAGUGACUCCGUUACAACGUCAAGGAUCCGUGACACUCUCAAACGUGUUCUCAACCUUCCUCCUAACACAAUUAUGGAAUAUAAGACGCACAAUGAUAGUAUGAAAGACAACUCUAGUUUCAGAAAUACAGACAUUUUUAUGAGGUGACAGAAUGGGACAUAAUUUCUACUUUACUUAAAUUGUGGCCAAAUAAGGAAUGGUGUUCCGCUUCAGUAAUUGUGUCAUUGACAGUUUAAAGUUGACUAAGGUCACAACAAUUCUGUAGCUGUUCGACACGCAUUUUCUGGCAGUUUACAGAAUGACUACAGCUAACCAGAAGUCUGGUGUUUUAACAAAGGAGCAUGGUCAUGACUGUACUCCAACAGUACGACAAAUAGUCCCUGGCAGUAUUUAAUACAGUCACCGAAAUGCAGCAUACUUUAUCAGGCUUAUUUGUAGAAAAAUUGAUGGUGUGUUGUGACUUUUAUCAGGGACAGUAAUAGUAAGUACUUCGAGAGUGAAAUUACAACUUUUAUUAUUCUGGAACUGAAAAACUUCAAAUAGAUCUACAAAGUAUUAUUUUAACAUUAUACUCUACCAGGUUUAACACACAGUGCUGCUUUAUGUGUCCCUCUUGAGCAAAUACUAAAUCAAGAUCAUUCAAACACACAGCUUUGUAUAGUGCAAUGAAAUAUGAAAGCCCAUAGGUUCAUGUACUUUGACAAAUGACUCUCUUGAAGCUCACCUUUGAUGCAAAAUCAACAUUUUUCCAUAAUUGUAGUAAGCAUGUUAAUGUUACCCUGGUACUUGUUACUUGUCAACGAGAUCUUCUGUUAGGCUUGGGGGCCUCUCUGCAUAUAAACUAUUUCCUGUGUAAGUAAUUCAGAGUUAUCAUAUUGAUACAAUACUUAUUGCUAGUGCUUUACCAGUAAAACUGGGGGACUAUAGUUAUCCUCUCUGUCUGUCCGUCCGUCUGUCUGUCAGUCCAUCCAUUCAGUUUUCUGCACUUUUCUCAGGCAUGCUUCAAGGUUUGUUGAUGAAAGUUGGUAUGUAACUUCAGUAUGAGUAGCGACAGAUCAAGUUCGAGUUUUAGGGUUUUUGGGUCAUGGUCAAGGUCACUGUUACUACCUGGUUAGGCUGGUAUUUUUAGCGGGGGCCGAUAGGGGGCAUGUCAAUUUCAGGCAUGAUUAUUUUCCUCUUUAAAGCGGAAUUCGGCUUUUUGUAAAAUUUUGAUGUUCACUUCUGCCCCUUGUAACCCGGCUGGGUGAGGUCCCCUCGACCCCCAUUUCAGCUUUUUGCUGUGACAUAUUCCUGUGGUGUGGAAAAAGUGAAUGGAACCCUUGUAGUAUUGAAGAUGGAUCUCUGUAGACUUUCUCCGUUAACAGGUUCUAUGAAAUCCUGAUUGAAAUAGCUAGGUAGGUUUGUACUGAAGCUUUCUUUUCAUUUCUCAUCAAUCAUAACAGUAAUAAUACAUACAACCACAGACAAUAUUAACAGAAUAAAUAUGGAUCCUGUUAGUUUUUCAGAAAUUAGUUGACUUGGGUUCAACAUGUCAAUAGAAGGACAAUAUUACUCAUUUACUACACUGGAUUAUCCCAAAUAUCAGGUGUUUUUCCUUAGAAACAAUUUAUUGAUAUUCCUUGAUGUUUCCCUGCAAUAAUGCCACAAUCUGUGUUGGAUUCUUGUCCAUGGCAACAUCAUUCUUCUGAUUCCUAAAAACAGAAUGCCGAUAGAAACUUGGAACAGAAUUUUAUUGUGGAUGAAAACAGGUGGACAAGUAUUGUAGCACAGUCCAAUAUUAAUGUUGUUGAAAGAAGUUGUUUUAUCCAAAAUAAAUUUUACACAAAAGAAA